ACGUCACUUCCGCAAACAACAGAGCCAUGUGUGUCUACGAAAUUUAAUUCGUUAUCUUGAAAGUGAACCAGAUCACCAAGAUGGCUGGACAGGAGCCAGCAGAAAAGAAAAUGAAGCUGGAAUUUGAAGAGGGCAAUGGAAACGGUGUUGCUUCCAAAGAUGCCAUCAAAUCAGAGGAGGUUCAGAAUUCAAAAGAUGAUAUUGAAGAAGUGGAACAUUUUAAAGAGACAGAUGUCGGAAUACUGGCCUUCAUUAGUGAUUUACCAGGUUUUCAAGGCAUCAUAAAACAGAGAUUCUCAGAUUUCAUUGUGAAUGAAGUAAAUGAAAAGGGAGAAGUAGUUCAUCUGAAAACUUUGUCCACAAAGUCAGUACCAGAUACAGAGACCGACAAGUCAGUACCAGAUACAGAAACGGCCAACUCGGUACAAGAUACAGAAACCACCAAGAAUUCUCCACCAACAGAAAUUCAGGUUGAGACAGAAGUAAAGCCUGUUGAACCCAUUAAGUGCAGUCAGCUUCCUGAUGCUGAAGUAGAUGAACUCAACAAACUCAUUCUCUCUACAGACACAUCUCUGACAGUCAACCUUCAGGCAGGUGAUGACAAGGAAAAGAGAUGUGGCAUUCAUAGGGCCAUAAGGACAUGCUUUCCUAACCUGGAAAGUACCACUAUGGAUGUGGAUGGACAGAAAGUCAUUCAAGUGAAAAAAAUACCUCCUCCUAAGAAAGGUAAAAGUAAUCCGGGUCAUCGCCAUGGGAAGCAUCAUCGAAAACGACGCUGGUCUGGUGAACAAGGUGAUUACUGUCGCUUCACCCUCUACAAGGAAAACAAAGACACUAUGGAUGCUAUCUUUAAACUUGCUCAUAUGUUACAUGUCAACAAGGGAAUCUUCCAGUAUGGUGGAACCAAGGACAGACGGGCCAAAACUACACAAGAAAUUACCGCUUUCAAAUUACGGAUAGAAAAACUGGAAGCUGUCAGUCCAACGCUUUGGAAUAUGAAACUGGGAGACUACAGAUAUGUGGACAAACCUCUGCGGCUUGGGCAGAUAUGUGGAAACAAGUUUUCAAUUGUCCUACGAAAUGUAACCGAGCCUGACGACACGAAGAUCAACCAAUCACUGGCCUCUCUUCGUGACUACGGCUUCAUCAACUACUUUGGAAUGCAGAGAUUCGGCACCACAACCAUUCCCACGUACCAUAUAGGAAGGGCGGUACUUAACAGUGAGUGGGAGGAGACGGUGAAUCUUAUCAUGAAACCUCGACUAUGGGAACACGGAGAUAUUGCAGAGUGUCGUCGUUUGUGGUGGGAAAAGCGGGAUUGUAGCGCUGCCCUGAAGUCCUUCCCCAAACGUUACGGAAUAGAACGCACCCUCCUCACUGGCCUCAAAAAGAACAGCAAGAAUUUUUGUGGGGCCUUCGGAAUGAUACCGAGGAACACACGGCUGAUGUAUCUCCAUAGUUACCAGAGCUAUAUAUGGAACUGUGUUGUGUCACGCCGGAUUCAUGAGUUCGGGAUGAGGCCAGUUAAAGGAGACCUAGUGCUUCCGUCACAGUCCGCAGAUAUGGAGCAGAGUCUGGACGGAGAUGAAGAUGAGGAUGAGGGGGAUGGGAAAAGAUUCCAGAUGCAGCCCAUCGUAGUGAACGAGUCCAACAUCAAGGACUACACAAUUUACGAUGUUGUUAUGACGAUUCCCGGUUACGAUGUGAUGUUUCCGGAGAAUGCUGCAAAGGACUGGAUUACGGAGAUUCUGGAGAAGGAUAAACUCACUAUAGAGAGUUUCCGACAUAAAAACAAGCAGUACACAUUGAAGGGGACGUACAGGAAGAUGCUGGCUCGGCCGACGGACGUCACCUGGCAGAUCUACAAGUAUGACGAUGUGACGCUGCCGUUAGUGCUGAGCGACGUUGACAGGCUCGAGGGCAUGUCUGAACCAAAGUCUAUACCAGGUGCUGCUCUGAAGGCCCUGAAACUGGUGAUGACACUGCCGCCAGCUUGCUAUGCGACCAUGGCUCUCCGCGAAGUUCUCAAGAUGGAUACUUCUUCUGCACACCAGUCCACACUUAACCAGACCGCUGACACCAAACCUAGCACGGACAAACCAAUGGACACUUGACCAAUCGACAUUUAGUUGUUGUUAAAUGUUAAACUUGUGUCUGUAGGAACUAAAUUCUUUAGGCCAAUAAGCACUUCAGAACAAAACAAUUUUCGUUUUUCUGUUCCUUGAAAUUGAAGAAAACUAGAUUAGUGUCAAUUGGUGCGUUGUUCUUAGGUGUGAUUUCGCCCUUAAAGCUGAAUGUGCACCGUUGUGCUGGUUUAAAUUAAUUACCGCAAAGAAUUAUUGUUCCGGUGGUACUACUUGGAAAUGAACUUUUAGACUGCCAUCAAAUGGAAAAUAUAUUUUCCUACAAGUUUGUACUAGAAAAUAAACUUUCAUACUACUGAGCAAUAGGCUACUGAAGCAUGGUAUUGUUUGACUUUGUACCUUAAAUGAGAUAUGUGCCUGAAAAGUUCCUGGAAAGAAAAUUGUCCAUAUUUGAGUAUCAACCCACUCCGAACAUUAUAUCAGUCUGCUAAAUGUUGAAAGCUUUACCUUAAAACUUCCAAUGUUAGGAUUCUGAAAUGAUAUGCAACCAAAGAGAUAUUUUGCAGUUCAAUCAACAGUCAAAGAAGGCCAUCACUUAAAAAAUAAUGGUGCUAAAUUUUAACAUUCUCAUAAUAUGCAAUAAUUUUUGCAAUUUUUAUUUCAAACUUCUCAAGGGCAUACCUUACAGAACCCUAGGGGAUCGAUACCAUGUGUUUAUUAAUAAUUUAUUUAAUUAUGGCUGAUAUAGUUAUACCGGUUUAACCGAAACUUGGUAGGAAUUACUAGUUAAGACUAAGAGAUUUUUAAUACAUUUUUGGGUUGAUUCGAAACCAUCAUGACAGUUGUGGCAGCCAUAAUGUUGUCCAGUAUUACUAUUAAUUGUAUAAUUAUGAACAAUUGUUUUCUGAAAUCAAAGAACUAACUUGGUGAUCUGUUUUAGAUGAUAUAUACAAACUAAGGGAUAAUUUUGGGUUUUAUUUCAACUUUUUAGAUGAAAUCCAAGUUCGCUGGCAUGUUUUGGAUAAUUGUGCAAUAGAUUCUGUCCCUUGAAAAACAAAUUCUGGCUAUCAAUUACUCAAAUAUAAAGAGUUUUAUAUGCACACAAAUAUUUCAUCAACUGUUGUUAUACAUAUUUUUUUUCUGGAAUUGAUCACAGGGACUUGGUACAAUUUCCUUAUAACCUUCUCCCUAUAUGUAUCAAGAGAUGCAGACUAUGGAUUACGAAAUUGUGGCAAGGCCCUGUGAAAUAUCUAGUAUAUUAUAAUAACAUCUUUCAACUUGUCACUGAGAGGUCAAUCGACAGCAGUAAAAUUAAGUGAAAAAUAUCGGCUACGUUUAGAGCAGGAACAUGCUGAAAGGUACACUGUACAUGUAAUGAUAUCAUUAUCUAUAAAUUUACAUUUGUA